AUGGACGCCGACAAAGGCGACUACGUCGAGGAGGAGGGGCACCUCGCGCCGCCGCCUCAGCUGGACGGUGGCGGUGCGGUGGUGGACUCGGAGGAGCUUCGCGCCGGCGCUCAGGAUGAGCGCGCUGCAGCAGCGACGGAGGCAGCGCGGCUCGCUGAUGGAGCAAAGCAGGCGGCGCAGGAGUCGGCGCUGCUCGAGGCACGGGAGGAGCGCGAUCGGCUGGCCGCGGUGGCAAGCCCUUUGGAUGAGGCAAAGCGGUCCCUCGAGGCGGCGAGACGGAAGCGCGACGCCCUAUACUCGCAGCUCGAAUCGGCUGAGGUCCACCUCGCAACUGUCGCGGCGGCGAGAAAUGCGGCGGAGAGGAAGCUGGACCGGCUGGCGGAGCGCGAAGGGAGGCAGCGACAAGUCUCGCCUGUCCGAAAUGCCCCGCCAGUCUCAUUAGGCCAGGCGCCUUCGGCCUCUGACGCAAAGGCGAUGAGGGACUCCUUGAAGCGAGUCAAGGAGGAGAUUCGGGCGAUGGAGCUCCGUCUCCCGGCUCACGAGGAGGCUCGCUUCCACGUGGAGAAGCUUCAGAACGAGCGCCGGAGCCACAAAAUGCGAGCGGCCGCGCUCAAGGCGGAGAUCCGGCGUCUCCUUGACGAGACGACGAGAGAGCGGGGCGUCCUUGCGGCCCUAGAAGCGGGCGCGGCCCCCACAGACACAGAGCGGCGGGACAAUGCGGAGGUGGUGCGGCUCAAGACUGCCAUUGCGAAAGAGAAAUUCGCGCUGUCGUCGCCUGAGCACGAUGCAGCAGCAACUGCGCGCAAGGCUGCGCCUAGUUCUUAG